AUGGCAGUGACCACCCUGACUGUGGAGAGACAAGCCAAGCUUGAUCUGCAACAGAAGAAGAGGCCUGUGCGGCGAGACAGUGGCUACCAGUCACCCGACGACUCGCCUCUCUUGACCGUCCAGCUCAAUGACGGUAACGAGAUCCCCCAGAUCGCCCUCGGCGUCUACAAGGCCCCCAACGGUCAAGAGACCGAGGAUGCCGUGAUAGCCGCCCUGGAUACAGGCUACAGACACAUCGACUCGGCGGCCAGAUACGCCAACGAGGAAGCCUGCGGUCGCGCCUUGAAGAAGUGGCUUCAGAAGACGGGCACACCUCGCAACGAGGUGUUCGUGACAACCAAGCUGUGGGACGAGGACCACGGCUACGAAGCUACGCUCAACGCUCUCUGCGACUCUCUGCGCAAGUUCCAGCUCGACUACUUCGACCUCUACCUCCUACACUCCCCAUCCGACGACAAGGAGAAGCGCCACCAGUCAUGGAGGGUUCUCGAGACGGCGCAGAAGCUGGGCAAAGUCCGCUCCAUCGGAGUCUCCAACUUCGGCGCAUCGCACCUCGACGAGCUGCUGGCCGAGACGAGCGUCGUCCCGGCCGUCAACCAGAUCGAGGUCCACCCCUUCUGCCAGCGGCAGGAUCUCGUCAACAAGUGCCGCUCGCACGGCAUCGUCAUCGAGGCCUACUCCCCUCUCGCCCGCGGCAACAAGCUCGAGGAUGCGCGCGUCCUGAGGAUCGCCGAGAGGAACGGCAGGACUCCGGCCCAGAUCCUCAUCAACUGGAACGCGGCCCGGGGCAACGUCGUGCUACCCAAGUCGUUGACGACACACCGCAUCAAGUCCAAUAUGGAGUCGAUGGACUUCAAGCUCUCUGCUGAGGAUAUGGCGGAGAUCGAUGCACUUGGUGCUGAGAACUAUGUUACCGGUUCCCUGCACCGAUCUGAGGACUGA